GGCACCAGAACAGGUAUUUUGGCUCUGUGGGGGUGUGUGAAGAAUCUGUUCAAUACUGGAGGUCUCGAGAAAUGUAGCAACAGAGGAGGCAGAGGAGGAGGAUAUUGAACCAGACAUUGCUGAGGACAUCCUUAUUCCCCUAGACAGAGAUAGAUGAUCCUAGAGGGAGAUUAUGUUCAAAUGGAGACAUAAUUUCCAUAGCACUAUGAUGUGACACACUAGACUGUGAUAUCACGGUUGGCUAUAGUAGAACAAAAGGCUGGAAUAUGCUUGAGGGAGACCUUAAUGGAGCACAGAUAGUUUUGAUACUAUCAGAGGAAAAAAUGAAAUAAUUACAAAUGAAAUGGAACUGAUGAGCCCCUGCCGAUAUCAUGUCAAUGUGCACAUGAGCACAUAAGGAGCCAGGAGCACACUAACAUCAGGACUACAUUACAGCUUUGAAGCCUGUCACAUGAGGCAGUACUAUAAAGACAGGCACAGUCUACUUUAUAUUCUGUUGGUGCAGCUUGUGUUAUCAGUUUUCUAGGGGCACUAUGAAUGAAGAGCAGUUUGUUAACAUUGACUUGAAUGACGAUAAUGUUUGCAGCGUGUGUAAACUGGGAACAGAAAAAGAAACAUUCUCGUUUUGCCACGUCUGUUUUGAGUUAAAUAUUGAAGGGGUACCAAAGUCCAAUCUUCUACACACAAGAUCAUUAAGGGGGCACAGAGACUGCUUUGAAAAAUUCCAUUUAAUAGCAAAUCAGGACUGCCCUCGGUCAAAACUCUCCAAAAGUACCUAUGCAGAAGUAAAAAGUAUCUUGAGCAAAAAAAUUAACAGGAUUAUACAGUAUGCACAAAACAAAGAUUUGGAUUCUGAUUCAGACAGCACAAAAACUUCUCAACACCAGCUUUUUAACUUCAGACAUCAGACAGACAGAAAACUGCUUCCACAAUUUGACUCCCAAGUACCCAGGUACUCUGCAAAAUGGAUAGAUGGAAGUUCUGGGAGUAUCUCAAAGUGUUCACAAAGUAUUUUGGAACAAAAAGAAUCUACUGAUUUCAGACUUGAUAUGUUGCAAGAAACAGGAGCUACAUUCUGUUGCAAGAGUGUUUUAUGGUCUAGUUGCAACCAAGCACCGAAGACAGAAAAAGCUAAAAGUGAUUCAGAUGCCAAUGCCCAAAGACAACAUCCCCGAUACAGCAGGGACGAAUUGAAUAUGAUGACUCCUGAAGAGGUAGAGCAACUGAAUGAAAAACUCCUCAAGCAAAUCCAGGAUGUUUUUGAAGAGUUGACUCGGGAAGUGCAAGAAAAGGAUUCUUUGGCCUCAGAACUCAACGUCCGCCACAUUGCUAUUGAGCAGCUGCUUAAGAACUGUUCCAAAUUACCAUGUCUACAGGUGGGAAAAGCAGGAAUGAAAUCAAAUGUCCCCAUAUAAAUGGGAUGAGGAUCUUACUAGUAUUAACUUUCCUUAACAGUUCCAUUAAAUAAAGCUGCACAGACUUCUAAGAGCUUUUGGGGAAAUGAUGAACAAAAUUUUUCUUCAAACUUAAAUAAAACAAUUUGUAUGCAACA